GGAUUUACAGCUGUUACGCCAUCUCUAGGAUUAUCAGAGUUCUAUAGAGAACCCUUCACAACAGAUGGUGAAGUGACACCUGUAUCCAAUCCUAACAACGCUGAAGAAAUUAUCUAUGCCAUCGAUGGAUUGAAAUUGGGAGGCAAACAUUUAGAGGUCGCGCAUAAGGCUGGAGUAUUUAUUGCUGUCACAGCGCCUCUCUCGUCUGAAGGCGGACUUACUGGAGUUUCUAUGGCAUUUGAAACUGGUGCUAACACUGAUUAUGAUCCUCAGCCAAUUGUUAGGGAAAAUGUAGCACUUCACGCACAGAUAGGAACUAGAUUCAAAUCUACCACUAUACCGACAGUUUCAGGUCAGAUUGCUUUGAUUAGAAAAACCUUGAUAAAGAAUCUAAAGCAAGAUAAUAUCUUUGGUCGUGCUGCACGCGGGGAGAUCCCCUUAGUAGUAAAAACUCAUAGCAAAGAUGAAAUUGCUUCUUUGAUCCGAUUGAAAAUUCAAGUUGAGAAUAAUGGUGGACGUUUAAACCUUGUGAUACUGGGUGGUACUGAAGCAUAUAUUCUUGCCGCUGAAUUGGCUGAACAUAAAAUACCCGUAAUACUUAUCCCGCUCCGAGCUACUCCAGAGUUAUGGACAGCUCAACAUGCGUUAACAGGGGCACCUAUUACCAAUACAACUGGAAUUGAUAUUCUUUAUUCGAAUGGAGUUAAGAUAGGAAUAGGUGUGGUAAAAGCAG